AUGUGGAGCGGGGGCAUGAAAUUAAUUGGGGACUUCUUAGUGGGACCGGUGCCUUACGAUCUAGUGGUGGGACUAGACUGGCUGACUGAGCACCAGGCUGCGUGGUCCUUCCCUUCGGACGAACUACGAGCACUGGUAGAGGGCCAAUGGAUUAAGUUAACACUUGUGCGGGUAAACAAAGGGAGGUCAGAACGGGAUAGCGACCCCCGGGUACGCCCAAAGUCCCCAGCUGAACGGGCGUAUGACUUACUGGCCAGACAAAUAGCCGAGAUGCCACAGGAGGAGGCUAUGGUAUUCCUACGCCCCCAGCCUACGAAGCACAAGUCACACACACGCAAGGGGCUGAAGGUGGAUAUUAAGGCAAUACUACAACAGGCCAGGGAGAACACGACACAGAUUCAACACCCGAUGCAAGGACUGUCCUCUAUCCUUGCAAUACCGGUGGGCGAGAAGCCCGAAACACCGAACCCGACUGAGGUUGGACAAGGGACAUGGUGCUGCGCCUUGUUGGGAACCCCCAAGGUACCUGCACGGGCCGGGGAGAACAGAGAUAUGGGGGAACAAGGGCAGAACGACGAUGAUGAGGAGUCCCCAUGGCCGACAGCUACCCUGGAGUAUUCGCGCUUCGAUGACUGGCUGAGGUCCGAGGCAGCGUCGUCGACCCCUGCAAUCAUCCUUGAGGUGUUGAAGGAAUACCGAGCAGUGUUCCCAGAUCAGCUGCCCGCAGAACCACCACCGAAGCGUCCUUUUGAUCAUCGGAUCCUCCUAGUGCCCGGGAGGAUGCCCACGAAGUCGCCGAUAUAUC